AUGCCGAAAGUACGUAUACAAAAAACAACUCAUAUUCAUAAAGAAAUUGCAAAACAAGGAAUUUUAUUUAAUACGGAUAUUGGACAGCAUAUUUUAAAAAAUCCCCUCAUUAUUCAAAGUAUGGUGGAAAAAGCAGCAGUUAGACCUACAGAUGUUGUAUUAGAAAUAGGUCCAGGAACUGGUAAUAUGACAGUAAAAUUAUUGGAUAAAAGUAAAAAAGUAAUAGCAUGUGAAUUAGAUACUCGAAUGGUAGCUGAAUUACAAAAACGUGUACAAGGUACACCUUACCAGGCAAAAUUGCAAAUUAUGAUAGGUGAUAUUCUGAAAACAGACUUACCAUUCUUUGACUUAUGCGUUGCUAAUAUACCAUAUAAAAUAUCAUCACCUUUAGUAUUUAAAUUACUUUUACACAGACCAUUGUUCAGGUGUGCUGUACUUAUGUUUCAAAGAGAAUUUGCUGAACGGUUGGUUGCAAAGCCAGGAGAUAAAUUAUAUUGUCGUCUAAGCAUAAAUACUCAGUUAUUAGCACGUGUAGACCUGCUUAUGAAAGUAGGAAAAAAUAAUUUUAGACCACCACCAAAAGUGGAAUCAAAUGUAGUUAGAAUAGAACCACGUAAUCCUCCACCUCCAAUUAAUUAUCAAGAAUGGGAUGGUUUAACACGAAUUGCAUUUGUUAGAAAAAAUAAAACACUCUCAGCGGCAUUUAAGCAAACUACAGUUUUAACAAUGUUGGAAAAAAAUUAUAAACUUCAUUGUAGUUUGAAUAAUAAGGUCGUCGAAGAGGGAUUUAAUAUAAAGAAAUUGGUAAUUGAUAUUUUACAAAAAACAGAUGCUGAAAAUAAACGUGCAAGAACUAUGGAUAUAGAUGAUUUUAUCAGACUUUUACAUGCAUUUAACGCACAAGGAGUGCAUUUUACAUAAUUCAAAUUAUGAACAACAUAAAAAAAUUGUAUAGUACAUAAAGAAAAAUAUAAAGUGUGUGUGAGUUAUCUCAGAGCACACAAAACUCGAAAAAUACAUAUAAUUCAGCAAAAUGUUUCAGGCAAAUGUUGUGAGGUAGUAAUAGUUAUAUGUGCUGCCAAUACUUGCUUGACCAUAUAGUAACUUUGGAUAACCCUAUAAAGAUCAUGCAGAAUUUUUUAAAUCGAAACCCACAUUUUUUAAUUACAUAUUCUUGUAGUUAAUAUGAAGUUUCUUUCAAAACAGUAUUUAUGGUCGAUAAAUUUAAGGUGUCCUACUUCAAAAACGACAUAUGCAAAAUAUAUGUCUAGGAGGUACUUUCUAAAGAUUUUGAUAUCAGCUACAAAAAUAUGUAAUAAAAAAUGUAGGUUCC